AUGGAUGAGGUAGACUCAUUGUCUGUAUACUUAAUGGAAUACAAAUAUACAAAUAGAUUUCUCCAAAGCAAGACGCACUCGACAGAGAGAACUCAUUCUUCAAGUGAAAGUCGAUCAGUGAAGAGACAAGUGAACAAAGAAAAAUCAUUUUCUAAAGUGUUGGAAAAGAAGAAAACGAAAUUAGAUAAAACUAAAUUAAAGGACUUUUAA